UUUUAAAGUUUUUCUUUCCUUCAAUAUUUAUAUAAUAUUAUGAAUAGUGUUAAAGAGUCAUUUCACAAAUGUGUUGUCAUUAACAUGUAUAUUCUCAGAAGUUGAGCUUCACAAAAUUUCAUUAUAUAUAUAUUUAAUUAUAACAUUUUAUUUUACUUUAUAUUAUUAUACUGUCCACACAUUAAUAGUUAGUUAAAUUUUAUUGACAUAUUCUCAAUUUGGACUAUGGAAGGAUCAGUUAUUUGCAAAUGGAUAAAUCCAUAAGGUUUAAUACCAUCGUAAAAUAUUUAAAGGAUAAUUCCGUUCCAAAAUACAGACUUUCUCAGAUUUUCAAUUCCAUUUAUCGCAAUAAAACAUCAAACUUUUUAUCUAUGUACCAUUUGCCUAAGAUCUUAAGGGAUGGAUUACAUGACAAUUUCAACGGAUCACUUUUAUCCCUUACUCCAGUAUCUGAAUCUAGUUGUGAUAGAGCCAAAAAGGUUUUGUUUCAGAAUCAGGAUGGAAGUAGGAUAGAAGCUGUUUUAUUACAUUUCAAUACACACAAAUCGCUAUGCAUAUCAUCUCAAGUUGGAUGCAGCUUUGCAUGUUCUUUCUGUGCAACUGGUAAAAUAGGUCUUAAAAGGAACCUAACAAUGGAUGAGAUAACUGAUCAAGUUUUAUACUUUCAACAACUUGGACAUAAAAUAGAUAGCAUAUCAUUCAUGGGGAUGGGAGAACCUCUUUCAAACCCGAAUGUUUUUAGAGCAAUCAGUGUUUUAACUGAUAAAAGAUAUUUUGGCUUAUCGCCAAGAAGAAUAAAUGUAUCAACAGUAGGGAUAUUACCAGGAAUUAAAAAACUAAACAAGGAAUUUCCAUAUGUUAAUUUAGCUUAUUCUUUGCACUCACCUUUCACUGAAGAGAGAAAUGAAAUGGUUCCUGUAAAUUUAAUAUAUCCAUUUCAAGAAGCUUAUCCACUAAUGGAUGAAAGAAUUAGUCAAACUGGGAGGAGAAUAUGGAUUUCAUACGUAUUAAUUAAAGAUAAAAAUGACACCAAAGAACACGUUGAAGAGUUGGUAAAUAUUAUAAAGGGAAGACCCAAAGAAGUACAAUAUCUUUAUCAUGUAAACCUUAUCCCAUACAACAUUGUCAAGUCAAUCGACAAGUAUGAGUCCGCUGAACAUGACCAGUCAUUAAAAUUCGAGAAAUAUUUGAAGAAGAAUGGAAUAUCUUCCUCAUAUAGGAAUUACUUCGGAAGGAAUAUAGACGCAGCUUGUGGACAACUAUAUGCAGAGUAUGAUCCUAUCGAUCCAAGCAAACUGUUUCGGCCCAAGUUUAAUCGUACACACCAACAGAUAAAAACCAAUAAAAAUUAAAUACUCUCAAAAAUUUUAUAUAUUUUU